AUGUCCCUCCCAACUCUCCGCCGAACUACUCUCCGUCUCGCUUCUCUACGCAACCACAUCAUCCAUCCUCAACCCCUCGCCAACCCCCGCCUAUUCCAAUUCCACUUUCAAUCCCAAGUCCACACCAUGUCCCUCCCAACCACCAUGAGAGCCGUUAUAGUCGAACAAACCGGUGGCCCAGAAGUCCUCCAAUUCAAAACCGAUCACCCGGUCCCGACACCCGGGGAAGGUCAACUCCUCGUCCACAACAACAUCUCCGGCGUCAACUAUAUCGACACCUACUUCCGCACGGGUCUCUACGCCUCUCCCAAGCCCGAGAUUCUCGGCCGGGAGGGCGCCGGUAUCGUCGCAGCCAUUGGCCCUAAUACCUCCGGCUUCAAUGUCGGAGAUCGUGUUGCCUGGCUGGCCACGGGUGGGUACGCAGAGUACACUGCCGUGCCAGCGGCCAAGACCGUCAAGAUCCCCGAGGGAGUCAGUGACGAGGACGUCGUGGCCUCGUUCUUGAGUGGUCUGACCGUUUUGUCCUUUGCGAAGGAGACGUAUCCCGUGCAGAAGGGCGAUUGGGUACUUUUGCAUGCUGCGGCUGGUGGAGCCGGGUUCUUGAUGACGCAGAUUCUCAAGUCGAUUGGGGCUAAGGUUAUUGGUACCGCUGGUGGUGCAGAGAAGUGUGCCCUCGUCAAGAGCUUGGGGGCAGACGUGGUGAUUGAUUAUCGCAGUGAGGAGGGUAAGGAUUGGGUGAAAUUGGUCAAGGAGGCCACCGGAGGGAGGGGUGUCGAUGUUGUUUAUGACUCCGUCGGCAAAGAUACGUGGGAGGGUAGCUUGGAGGCUGUCAAGCGCAAGGGUACGAUUGUCUGGUUUGGUAAUGCCAGUGGUCCCGUGCCUCCUAUUCCUCUGCCCAAACUCUCGCCCAAGAAUGUCAAGAUUGCUCGCCCUACUCUCUUUGGCUACAUCGAGACCCGCGAGGAGUUUGAAUACUACACCAACGAGCUGUUUAGUCUGCUCCAGUCUGGCCAGUUGAAGACCAAGAUCCACAAGGUUUACCCUCUCGAGGACAUCGCUCAGGUCCACAAGGACCUGGAGGGUCGCAAGACCAUGGGUAAGUCUCUUCUGAAGCCUUAG